AUGGCGAUGUCGACGAGAGUGUACAACUGGUACAUCGCCCUCGUGGCGGCGAUGUGUAUGGUCCUGUACGGCUACGAUGCGUCAGUCUUCAACGCCGCACAGGGCUCCGCCAACUGGCUAUUAUGGUUCGACCUCGACCUCCCAGCGCUGACGCCACUGGAUACAAAGAAAAAAGAUGCCAACCUGAUCGGACUCGUGAAUACGGCCUACACCAUCGGAGCUAUUGUUGCUGGUUGGUUCUUCGGCGGCCCGAUCGCCGACUACUUUGGAAGACGGGUGGGCAUGGCUCUAGGCUGCUUCGUCACGAUCAUCGCCACCUUCCUGCAAGCCUUUGCGCCCUGGCACAACCUAGGCUGCUUCAUCGGCGGCCGCGUCCUCAUCGGCAUCGGGCAGGGCAUGGCCCUCACCGCCGGGCCCAUCUACAUCGGCGAGGUGUCACCGCCCGAGAUCCGCGGCAAGAUCAUGACGUUCUGGCAGAUGUUCUACAGCGUGGGCUCCUUCAUCGCGUACUGGAUCGCCUACGCUACCAACCAGUACAAGGAAAGGCUGGGCCACUGGGACUGGCGCAUGGUCGUCAUCUUCCAGCUGCUGGUGCCGACGCUGAUCCUCAUCCUGCUGCCCUUCCAGCCCGAGUCGCCGCGCUGGUGGAUCAAGCGCCACAACAACGUCGAGGCGGCGCGGAAAGCCCUGCGCACGAUCCGCGCCACGGAGCAGGAGGUCGAGGACGAGCUGCUCGCCAUCCGCGAGGCCAUCGAGUUCGAGAACGAGGCCGUCAGCGGCUCGUACUACGCGCUGUUCAAGGACCCGUCGGUGCGCAAGCGCAUGUACCUCGCCUUCGUCCUCAAUGUCGGACAGCAGCUCUCGGGACAGGGCACGCUGAACUCGUACUCGUCGGCCAUCUACAAGACCAUCUGGGCCGACGACUCGACUAUUAACCUCAUUAAUGCGCUAAAUGCCACGUGUGGCAUUCUGUUCACACUGAACGCCAUGUGGACUGCUGAUCGGUUUGGGCGUCGGUGGCUGUUGAUCGUGGGCGCGAUCGGGAUGGCGAUCUGCAUGAUGAUCGUGCCCAUCGUCGGGGCCACGACGCCCAAUGUCGUCGGCGCAGAUGGGAAGCUGACGAAGACGCAGCCCGUGGGCAUCUCAAUUGUCUUUUUGCUGUUUCUAUUCAUCUUCUUCUACAAGCCGAGUUGGGGCGCAACCGUAUGGAUCUGGACCGCCGAGGUCUUCAGCAUGAACGUGCGCGCGCAAGCCGUGGGCAUGUGCUCACAGAUGCAGAACGUGGCCAACACCAUAUUCCAGCAGUUCUUCCCGAUCUUCCUCGCCAACGAGGGGCUCAAGUGCCUGUUCUUCUUCAUGACCUCGAACAUCCUAUUAGCGGCGUUUACGUUCUUCUUCAUCCCAGAGACCAAGCAGGUCCCGUUGGAAGAGAUCGAUACCCUGUUCGGCGGCCAGAACCACGUUGAGAAGGGUGGCCAGAUGCUAGGGGUGCCGGAUGCGCAUCAUGCCGAAGUGGGAGAGGAGGCUGCUGAGGCCCAGCAGAAGGAGACUAGUAAGGAGAUCACGGAAGUUUGA